AUGGCGGACCUGAUCAACGUUCCCUCUCGUCGUUACAAGAUCUUCGACAGCAAGAAAGAGGCGAUCGAAAUACCCGCUCCACAUGUCCUGAAGCACCAAACCUUUGCGGAGCACUUCACCAGAACCAGUCGUUCCAGGACCCGACGUCUUGAAACCGGUCGUUGCUCAUGCAUCAUCGACAUCGUCACCGUAUUCCUGCGUGAUGGCAAGUUCUACAACCUGCACACCGGCCAGUGUCGUUGCAUUUGUAAGUCAACCAACUUCUUGACCCGCGCUGUCGCUAUUUACGACUUUGCGAUCGAGUUCGAACUUCAUGCGCUCGCGGAACUGGUCGCAGGCGAAAUUCCCAAUUUUGCCGAGCGCAUGCAACCUACAGACGUCCUCUGCCUCAAGCUUAUGUAUGGUACGCCCGUGACACAAGAGGCCGCUGAGGCUUCUAGCGACUCUCAGCUCUCGAAUCACGAGAGUCUCCGUCAGGAUUUGGCUCGAUUGGUGAUGUGUGGCUGA